AUGAACGACUACCCCAUGGAUGCGGCGCCUCAGUCGCUUUCCGAGCUACUUCAGCAGUCGAGAAAACUCACCAACCACCUCGGCCGCUCGGAUCUGCCUCAGAUCCAACUAGGUCUCGACCAGAUCGAAAAUCAAAGUCGCAAGCUCGUCUCCAAAAACCUGCGUUCUGGGUCCGCACAGCCUGGCGAUGCUCGCGCUCACUACUUUCUCGCGAAUGGUGGCAUCGAUGCCGCACAGCUUGCGGACACCAUCCACGCUGCCAACAUUGCAAGCACGUUUGAACCACUUCAGCCCAUCUACGAUACAGAUGUGGAGAGCUACCUCACGCACGAGCAUCAGCAGGUUAUCAUCAGCGCAAUUGAGCAAGGCAGGCGCGAGACGCUUCAAGACUUUCAUCGCAACCUCGAUCGCACCAUGCAUCGCGACUGGGAGAGGCAAAAGCGCAAGAUCCUCGAAGAACUAGGCCAACAUCAGCCGACCAACGCCUCGACAUCGACACGCGACGCUGACAUCGACGUCUCUCGUUCCAGCUUCGGUGCCUCAACCUCGUCACACACUUUGCCGACCAGUACCAGCUCCAUGCUCGGCGGCCACGCUACCUCGCAAAUGCACGGAAAGAUGGCCCGAUACCAGAUGGUUGUUUCUAGACUCAAUUCCUCACGUCUCGAAGGAUACAGCCUUGCACUGGCGCAUGCAUUUAUCGACGCCAUCUCCGGUCUCGGCGAGGAUGCAAAGAACAAGGAGCUGCAUGAAAGCUGGAAGGCGCUCGCUUCCAUGGUACGAGAGCAGAACGUGCGCAACGGCGAGUUCGGUGCCAGGCCGGUCAAGGAACGAGAGUACGCUCCUGUCUACGUCGAUCUCAAGGCGUGGCAUGGCGUCGACGGCAUCAAUCUGCGCAAAGAACUUGUUGAAGGCUCCAAGGCCUUCCUCGAGCAGGAAUUUAUAGAACACAUGGAGCAGGUCAUCGCUGCCAAUCCAGUGCUGGCACAACGUGGUGGGGCUCCUACUGUGCGAUCUACCGUCAGUGCUUUUCUUCGCGUCCAGCAUCUCAGCUCGCAGAACCAGUGGAGGUCUGACCUGGCCAAGGAGCUCGAUGCAUCAACCAACGUGCCCAUCUGGGCCGAGCUUUACUUCCUCCUUCGCAUCGGUAGAACCAAAGAAGCGCUCGAAUGUGCUUCCGAGAAUGAGAACCGCAUCCGCUCCACCGACCCUUCCUUCCUUGCCUAUCUCAAAGCCUGGCUUGAUUCGCCCGACCGCCGCCUGCCACGCCUGCUAAAGGAUCGCUUCGUCGCCGAGUACAAUUCCCGCUUCCGUACUCUCCCCGAAGUUCACGACCCCUACAAGCUCGGUCUGUACAAACUCAUCGGGAGGAUCGACGUGUUGAAAAAGUUUCCCACGCUGCUCACCUCGAGCAUCCAGAACUGGCUCUGGCUUCAGCUGAGCAUGGUGCGUGAGACGUACGACGAGGAUGCAGAUGCCCAAGACUCGGUGCGUGACAGGUUCACGCUAGCUGAUCUAGGCAACAAAGUAGAAAAGUUUGGCGAGGCUUACUUUGACCCCAAAGGUAAUCGUCCGCUCUUCUACUUCCGACUCCUGCUGUUGUGCGGUCAAUUUGAAAAAGCAGUCGGGUUUCUCUUUUCUCGCUCGGCACACCAGGUGGAUGCGAUUCACUUUGCGGUAGCGCUCGCCUACUACGGAUUGCUGCGCGUUCCUUCGCAAGCGGCCUCGUCGCAGGUCGAGUAUCUGCUGGUGGAGUCGGACGGGCAGGGCGGAAGCAUCGCCUCGGUCGACUUUGCUAAGCUGGUGCAGCGAUAUGUGCGCAUGUUCUCGCAAGCGUCGCGUCGGGAUGCGUUGCAGUAUCUGUACCUGAUCUGCUUGCACGCGGAUGUGGGGGAGCCUGUGGGGUCCGAGCAGGUGCGACGCUGCCACGACUUGAUCCGUGCUCUGGUGCUCGAAGCGCACCCGACCGAAUUCCAAGAGCUACUGGGCGAUGUGCGCACCAACGGUGCCAAGACUCCCGGGCUGAUCGAGAGAAAUCUGCCACUCAUCAAGAUAAAAAACGAGCGCGAGUUUUUGUCGACGAUUGUGCAAGUGGCAGCGACGCAGUGCGACAUGGCGCACCGCACCGAGUCCGCCAUCCUGCUGUACAACCUUGCGGGCCAGCACGACACUGUGGUUGCUGUGCUCAACAAGGAGCUCGGCGCACGACUGACAGAGCCAAGCAGUGCGGCCGAAUGGAAGACGACGGGACUUUCAUCGGGUGCGUCCUUCUCCGCGGCUAGCAACCUGGUUACGCUCGCCACGGCCAUUCUGGAGACGUACGAGAAGCAAUUUGGUUACUCGGGUAAGAACCGCGACACCUGUCGUCGUCUCUUGGAGCUGAAAAAGGCGGUUGGACUCCACAGCGAUGGUCAGAACCUGCAGGCGUUGCAGACGAUCGAAGCGCUGCGUAUACUGCCUCUGGAUGCCGAAUCGAGAAAGGAUGUGGUAGCCAUCACGCGCAAGGCCGAGGAGUUUAAGGAGGUUGACGAGAACAUUGCACGCAACUUUUCCGAGAUUGUACUCAUGACCAUGACGAUCCUGUACAAGCUGCACCAGGAGCUCAAGGAGAGCAUCCACAGGAGCGGCACGAGCGCGAUGGACGAGUAUCGAGCCCAGGCAAGGGCGUUGAUGAUGUGGGCGGGUAUGCUCCGGUUCCGCAUGAGUAGCGAGACGUACAGCCAGCUCACGCGACUCGAUGUGUUUAUUCAUUAA